GCUCGCUCUACAAAGGCGCAGCGCAGCCCGCAGCGGCGACAGAUUCGCGCUGCCCCACACGCACCCACAACACCACCGCAGCGUAAAGCAGCCUCCUUUCCCUUCGCCCCCCUCCCCUCUCCGUUCCCCUCGCGCACACUUCUUCCUCCACCCACCAGGCCGGCAGGGGCGCCCCACCCCCCAUCCCCUGGCCUUGAUGACUACUGCGCCCAACAUCGAGAUGAUCGCCUCCUCGCUGCGCCACUGCUCCCUCAACGGCGGCGGCGGGGGGAGCAGCCGGCGCCGGGGAGGCAGCGGCAGGCGCCACGGCGGCGAGGGCGGCGACGACAGCGAGGGCGUCACCGUCGAGCUCAACUCCGACGUCGCUCUGCCCUACCACUGGGAGCAGUGCCUCGACAUCCGGACGGGGCAAGUGUACUACAUCAACUGGGAGGACGGCACCCGCACGACGGUGGACCCGCGCACGACCUCGGCCUUCUCGCCGACGCCGCACUCCACGUCGUCGGCGUCCCGGCGCACCCGCCGCGCGUCCACCCAGUCGUCCGGCUACACCUCCGUGUCGUCCGUGGGCGCGGACGUCAACGGCGACUGGCGGGCCGCCGUCGCCGGCAACGACAGCGGCUACGACAACGACGACGAGGAGGAAGAGGACGACGAGGAGGACGGCGAGGACGAGGACGAGGCCGAGAGCAGCAGCACCACGAGCAGCAGCUCCAGCAGCACGGGCAGCAGCCGGGGCUCGGCCGUCUCGUCCACGCUCUCGUCCUUCUCCCCCACCGACGAGUCCGGCUCCGGCGACAACGGCGGCGGCCUCGGCGCCGGGCACGUCCUCGUGGCGGCCGGGUGCCGCGCCUGCUUCAUGUACUUCAUGGUGCCCAAGCGCGCCGACGUGUGCCCCAAGUGCGGCAGCUCCGGCCUCCUCCACCUCAGCCGCAACGGCUACGCCUGAGAUCGAUGGAGCUCGUCGCCGCCCGUAGUUUGCUAAUUGUAGGGGGACCUCUUCGCAAUCGUUCAAGCUCUGUUGCUUAGGCCUUGGUAGAUCUUCCAUAAGACUAGUUUUCUUGCGGAGAGGUCCCCAAAUCCAAUCUUUGCCAUUGAGUCCUGCUACAUUGUACGCCAAUUGCCAAUGUAUGGGAGCAGAGAACAACCUUUUCCUAGAAUUCUUUUUUGUUACUUUCUUCUUCUCAUUUUUCGCUGCUGUAUCUUUCCCUGGAUGUCACUGUUUUCCCCCCUCUCCACCUCUGCUUCUGAAAUUUCUUAAACAAGGUAGAGAGAGACUAACCCCUCUUCUUCAUCUUCA